AGAUUCAGUAUUUCUGAUGACAAACAUAAAAACCUCUUCACUGUGAGAAUCACUGCUGUGAGACCAGAUGAUGGAGGAGUUUAUUUGUGUGGAGUUUGGAUCAACAGAUACUCGUACAGUUACUCCAUUAUUAAUACUGUUCAUCUACAUAUUAUUGCUAAAGUGGGCGUGUCUAGUGUGAGCGUCUACUCUGGAGGUCGUCUGAUGAUCAAGUGUGAACAUCCUCAAUACAAAACCAAACCAAAAUACAUCUGUAAAGAAUCAGACGGAUGCUCAGAGAGGAAGAGUCCAGGAGUUCAGGAUGAAUGGAUGGAGAAUGGAGAUGUUUCUUUAUAUGACGACACCAGAGCAGGAGUCUUGAUGGUGUUUUUUAGAGAGCUGAAAGCUGCAGAUGCAGGAACAUACAGGUGUGGAGUGAAAGUAUCUGACUAUACUGAGAGAUUCACUGAGAUACAGCUGAGCGUCAGACACGAUGCAAAAUAUCCAAAGAGAGUGACAGAAUCUGUGUAUCUCGGUGGAGAAGUCAUCAUCACCUGUCAGAUCCCAGAGAAACAUAAAGUUCAUUUCUGUAAAGAGGAUGAUAAUCACAUCUGCCAGAACAUCAGCUCAUCUAAAGUGACAGAAAUGAGUGGUUCAUCAGAGAGAAAUGAAGAGAGAGUUGUUACAGUGAGCAUCAGUAAUGUGAGUGUGAGAGAUGCUGGAGUUUACUGGUGUGGAGCAGAAACCAGAGACACAGAUCUGACUUUCAUCUCCCUGAACACUCAAAUUCAGCUCAACCUCAUCAUGCCUCCAGUAGUGAGACGUGAAGGAGAAUCUGCUGAGAUCUUCUGUCCUUAUGAUUCAAUCUAUAAAUCAAAGCUAAAGUCUCUCUGUAAGGGGAAGUGCUCCACUAGAGACAGAAAUCCUCUCAGUGAGACUGUGAGAGAAGAGAAAGAGACCAAGACUGACAGAUUGACUCUGAAAGAUGACGUCACUGCAGGUGUCUUCACUGGGACCAUCACUGCACUGACAGCAGAGGAUGCUGGGAAAUACUGGUGUGCAGUGACAUUAGAAACAGAGCUCAAUUAUCUUCACACUCAUCUGAUGGUCAUCAUGAACGAGGAGCUGAACUUGACUAAGUAUGAAGGAGACGACGUGUCAAUCCAGUGCAAACAUCAGGAUGAAGAUCAGAAAAGCUUCUGCAAAGCACAUGAAGCCUCCAUGUGUGUGAAGGAUGGAGUUUCAUUGGAGAUGAUCAGAGAUGAUCGAUUCUCUUUCAGUGAUGAAGCAUCUGCUGGAGUCUUUACUGUGAACAUCACUGAUCUGAGAGAAGAGGAUUCUGGGAUAUACUGGUGUGGAGAUCACGUCAUCACUAAAGUGCAUUUAAAUGUCAGCAAAGAUAAGAACAGGAAUUUCUCCAGGAUCAUCAUUAUUAUCAUAAUCAUUUAUGUGUGUGUGAUUCUGCUGCUGAUCCCUGGAUUCACUCUGACUUUGUGCAAAUUAAGACACAAGAGACGAGGAAGAAUCUCAACAUCAGACAAGAGCAAGAAGAAAAAUAUGAUGUCAUCAUGUGCAGACAGCAGACAUGAUUCUCUCUCAGAUCCUGGAUCAGCUCAAAUUAACAGCAAUAAUGAAUUACCCACAAUCCCCUCUGAUGGACUCCUGUACACUGCUGUCAGUUUCCAGAAGCAUGAAGAGUCUCUCAGUGAAGCUACAGUCAGAUUCAGUAAGAAUGAGAUUCACUCUGAUUACACAUCUGUCAGUCACCGCUAACUCAACUAACUAUAACAGGUCAUAGAUCUUCACACAUCUGUAUUUAAAAACAAAAAUA